AAUGUUAUUAUUUUAUUUUGAUUGAAUUAAAAAAUAAUGUUUCUUCUUAAUUCUUGGUGUUUGUUGAUGUUCUCUAUGUUCCCUUGUAAUAUACAAAGCAUUGGUAUAAUUAACAUUAUAAGUUUAUAUUAAUACAAAAUAAAAUAAUCGUUACAAGUUACUGUCGACGAAUUUAUUUUUCUGUUUUGAAGGAAGUAAUGUCAGGGAGAAAAGAUAGAUCAAGAUCUCCUAUUAGAGGAGAUAAUAGUGGACGUAGAAGAGAUACUAAAAAUGGUGAUCAAAGUAAAAGUUCUGAGAACAUGCCUAAUGUAAUUAAUCCAAUGAUGAUGCCGAAUAUUUAUCCUCAAGGAAAUAUGAUGAUGGGUGGAAUGUUUAACAUGAUGAUGCCUAAUGCUAUGAUGGGUGGAGGUAUGAUGACAUCUCCUGGAAUGGAUAUGAUGCAAGGACCUGGAAUGGAGAUGAUGUCUCAAGCUACUAUGGAUAUGUCAACAAUUGGACCACAGCCUUUGCCACCUGCACCUCCACCAUUAGACAUGGGAAUGAUAGGAGGUGUUAUGGUGGACCCUUCUAUGAUGGGAAUGUUUCCUCCCAAUAUAGGAAGUGAAGUGCCACAUGAUAAAAAAGAAGUAAUUUUAAAACAUUGUAAAUUGAUUCCACCUGAUCCAGGAACUCAGCAACCACCUCGUAGAGCUAGACCUCCAGGUUGCCGAACAAUCUUUGUAGGAGGCUUACCUGAUAAAAUAAGGGAAAGUACAGUAAGAGAAAUAUUUGAACGCUAUGGAAGGAUUCAAAUAUUGAGAUUGUCAAAAAAAAACUUUUGUCACAUACGUUUUGACCGAGAGAGUUGUGUGGAUGCUGCAAUGGUGAUUUCAGGUUAUAGAAUAAAGCUUUUGAGCAAAGACAAAGAUGACAUUGAAGAAGAUGAAGACUCUCAUGCUACAAAUGGUUGGCUACACGUUGACUAUGCAUUGAGUAGAGAUGAUCAAAAUGAAUAUGAAAGACGUCAACGUCAAGCCCUCCGUGUUCAACAACAACAGAUACAACAACUUACAGCACAACAUGAGGCCAUAGCAAGUAGAAACAUGAACUAUCAUCGCUCACCAUCACCUGUGAGAAUACAACCAUUCUCUAAUGCUGCAGUUGUUCAAUUAGCUGAAAAGAUCAAGAAUGAAGAACAUUUCCCAAGCACAUUGCCGACAUUAAUUUCCUGGCUUGAACGAGGAGAAUGCUCGAAAAAAAAUUCGAAUCAAUUUUAUUCAAUGAUUCAAGCUACUAAUUCACAUAUACGAAGGUUAUUUAAUGAAAAAAUGCAAUCCGAGGAAGAGUUACAGGAAUGCAAGGAGAGAGUGAAAACUCACAUACAGAAUAUUAUAGAACAACUCGAACAGGUGGCGAAAGUGUUUAGUGCGGCCACCCACCAGCGUGUGUGGGACCACUUUACUAAACCCCAGCGGAAGAACAUCGAAACGUGGCAGAAAAUGACACAGGAAUUCAAUACUCUGAAAGAAGAAUUUAACGAGAAAUUUGUAGGAGACGACACGGAUUUCAAUGGAUUUAAUAACAGAGUUAUUAACUUUGACAACAAUAAUGAAGAAAUACAAGAACUGAAGCGAGAGAAUGAAAGUCUUCGAUUUCAACUUGAAGCGUACAAAAACGAAGUUGACGUUAUAAAAGCAGAUGCACAAAAGGAAAUGGAGAAAUUUAAAGCUCAAUUUAUAGCGCGGCAAGCUUUACAAGGAGCUAUGGACAAAACUCCGCCAUUACCUUCGCCCGUAAACAAACCACCGCCACCACCGCCUUUACCUGAAGAACUUGACUCUAAAGUUCAUUUGAAGGAAGAUGUCGAAGUCCAGUGCGGUGAAGCGAAGUUGAUUGGUGUCAUGUCCGCAUUUUUACAGGUGCACCCACAAGGUGCUAGUCUCGACUACGUAGUGUCAUACGUCCGUGCGUUGUUCCCGAGCGUCUCGCAGGCGACCAUACAUCACGUCCUGCAGAAACACGACGAAGUGUUCGAACGAACUACGAGUGGCGUCGGAGCUAAUAUUGAAAAUAGAUGGACAUUCGUUGCUUUUAAUAUUAAGACAAAUUGAAAACAAUAAUCAAAUAAAAACGCUAUGUAUAAUUAUGUUAUAGUGUUUAUUAUUAUAAAGUGUAAAAAUCAAAUGAUUGUUUUGAUCUUUAUCAUACAGAUGAGAUUUAUGUACCGUUUUAAAGCUACUCGGCGAGAUCUUGUUUUUCAGGCACCUAAGUUAGUAAGGUAUAAGUUUGUGAAAUUUAUAUUCUUUAUUAUGUAAAAACAUUUUAAUAAAAUUGGUAAAAACGUU